AGCUCUCGAGCCUUCCGACGUCCGGGGGCUUCGGGCACCAGCCAUGCGUCUUUUUGCCCAAGCAGUUCCGUAACUCCGAUGGCGAGAUGGGCCUUCAUGGCAGCCAUCGUCCUUGCCCGGGGUAUCAACAUCGACAAGGCGCGCAGCCAGGAGUCUUGGAAGCUGCUGCGAUCCGAGGAUGGGACCAUGAGGACGCAGGUGACGCAGGUCAAGCCUCGUGCUGCGCUAGAGAUUGACAGCGCCGGGGCCGUGCGCGAUGUGGACGGCACGCAAGGCAGGCAGACUUUCACUAUGACAAGCACAUCCACGAGUACUUCGACCGUGACAAGCACUACCGCUACCACAACCAGCACCAGUACGAACACAAUCACCAUCACAAGCGCGGCCGACAGCACCACUUCUCUGGCCACCACCAGCAGUACCACGGCUCCUGACACCACCGACGCCACCACCGCCACCAACACUGCCACCACUGCCACCACUGCCACAACUGUCACCACCGCAGAAGCCACCACCGACACCACCACCACCACCACCACCACCACCACCACCACCACCACCACCACCACCACCACCACCACCACCACCACCACCACCACUACUGUGGCCACCGUGGCUGCCGCCACUGGCUCCACCGCCGCCGCUGGCACUACCACCGCCACAGGCACUACCGAAACAACUGGCACUACAGCCACCACGGGCACAACCACCGCUGGCACCACCGCCCCCGCCGGCACUACCGCCACCACAGGCACCACCACCACCACCACCAGCACCACUAGCACUACCGAAACAAUUGGCACUGCCGCCACUACUGGCACUACCGCCACCACUGCCACCCCCGGCACCACCGUCACUACCGCAACUGCCACCGCUGUGGCCACAACUAGUACCACCGCCAUGACUGCUUCCACCACUGCCACAGUCACAACAGUCGCUGUGACAGAUGCGACUUCUGCCAGCAUAAGUGAUGCGACCACGAGCUCCGUCAGUGGUACAGCGUCUGCCACCGCUGCUACCGCUGCCACCACUGACACCACCACUGCCGCUACCACCAUCACUGCCACCACUGACACCACCACUGCCGCUACCACCAUCACUGCCACCACUACGGCCGCCACCACUGCCACCAUCCUUGCCACCACUGCCACCAUCACUGCGGCCCCUGCAACCACCACGGCUGCAGCCAGUACUUCCGCUGCCACUGCAAGCCCUGGGGUCACCGUGCCUGCCACAGCGCCCUCAACCACCAGCGCGACCAUGGCGACCACAGAGACGGAUGAGGUGCUCAGCUUUCAGAUGGGCGCUCCCCCUGCGCCGCCGAUUUCUUCGACAGAGGCUCCUGCAUUGGAGCCAGCCCAGUGGGUGGUGGCUACAAAGACGGAGAGUUGUGAUGACACCUGCGCUGGGAUGGGCGAGAAGUGCCUCUUCCCCCCCAUGCAGGCCACCGCCGAAUCUGAGCGCCAGACUCAGUUGGCCUUCGCCCAGGCGGGCUUCUCCUGCAGCAGCUUCGGCACGGGUUGCGCCCCGGAGGACUGCCCCAGCUGGGGCGCCCCGUUUCUGCAUCAGAGCUUCAUGGAGGGCUCCACCCGGCAGCGCGACGGUCAGGGCGACCCCUGCUUCUUCGGCAACGACGUGGCGCUCUGCAGCGCCGCGCCCGGCGACCGGAACCACCGCCGGCUCUGCGCCUGCACGCGCAGCACAGCCGCGGCGGUGGUCGGGUACGAAGUGUUGGAGGUCUCCAAUGUGCAGACCUUCCUGAGCUCCGACGUGAUCAAGGACUCCAUCGUUUCCUCCGUGGCAGCGCUUGCAGACGUGCCGAAGGUUGCAGUGCAGAUCUUCGUGCAGCACCUGGGCGAGGGAUCGGAGCCGGCUGCGGGGGAGGUGGUCAUGGUGCACGUGAUCAAUGCCACAGCUGCGGGCAAAACGCCAGAUGCGAUCCGAUCGGCACUGGAGGCGGAUCCUCAGGAGGCGUUGGCCAAGGUGAGCGCCGUCUUGGCCUCUUGGGGCCCCUUUGAGGAGGUUGGCCUUGGGUCCUGCCGCGAUGCUUCGGGGAACGAGUAUGACGCCUUCAAAGGCGGCCCCGGCACCCUGGAACAAUGUAAGGCUGGGUGCCUCAGCUUCGCCUUCGACCAGUGCCGCGGCUUCACCUUCCAGGAAGGUCUCUGUGAGCUACGCAUGGAGGAGGGCUUUCAAGAGGAGUCGAACGGGUGGAAGCUGAGCAUUUCGGAGAACGAGGGCCGGGGCAGCAUCCAAAGCGCAAGUGGUGGUACAGCCAGGUGCUGGCGUCGCACAGACGGACCACCCGAGACCACCACAGAGGAGCCGUUCCUGCCAGACCUCACGAAGCUGCUGCCCGGCCUGCCGAGCCUCCGGGACCUCCUGCGCUGAGCGCGCGCGUGCGCGGGAGAGCGGGAAAUUGGCGUCCGAAACCCCGAAACCAAAACGAGGCGCUUCCGGAGCUGUGG